UCGCACACAAGCCCUCCGGGAGACAUGAGGACCGCCGCCGCCUUGGCUCUGCUCGCUCUAGCGGCCGCCGUCGCAGCCGUGCCCGCUCGGCUGGUCGCCAAAGAGGCUGACCAGGUACAGCUGACGCGCCACAAGGACAUCAUACGACUGCUGAAGCAUUACCGCCAGUCGCUGCUAUGGGAAGACAUGGCUGCCAUCGCCAGGGACUACAAGCUACAGCCCGAAAACUACCAGGUGCCAGAAUUAGUGGAAGAGUUCACGCGGAUGGAGCAGAGCGGUGAGUUUCUGCCCAUGCAGCAGCCCAGUUCCGUGUUUGAUGACCACCAUUUGGAUCAGAUCAAGCUCUUCUUCGACUUGCUGUACCACGCCAAGGACUACGACACCUUCUACAAGACGGCCCUGUACCUCCGCGAGCGAGUGAACAGAGAUCAGUUUAUGGUAGCAUUCCUCACGUCCAUAAGGAUGCGCCAGGACACGAAGGACUUCGUCUUGCCUCCCCUCUACGAAAUAUAUCCGGAGCUCUUCAUUACCUCUGACGUCAUCCAGCAGGUCUACGACGCCAGACUGGGAGGAUACGCCUCCGGCGGGAAGCCCUACUACAUCCUGGCCAACUACACUGGCUAUCCGACUGCCCACACACCCGACCAGAGGCUCUCGUACUACCUGGAAGAUGUCGGACUCAGCGAGUUCUUCGCAGACUUCAACUACCGCUUCCCGUACUUCCUCAGCGCUGCCAACUGCACCAUGGGCUACGGAAAAGUCCGCGGUGAGGUCUUCUACCACGUCCUGCGGCAACUGUUCGCCCGCUACUUCCACGAGAGGUUGUCGCUCGGCCUGCCAGAUGUCUCCCCUAUCAACGACGACAAAGUCUCACUGACUGCCUACUACCCUGAGCUCAGGCUGCAGAACGGCGUCGAAAUUCCCGCGCGUCCUGCAAAACUAAACAUUCCGGAGGGUGACCUCACCGCCCUGCAAAGGAUCUGGUUUAGCGAGUACAGAGUGCUGGAGGCUAUCGACAUGGGCCUCGCCAUACACGCAAUAGACGGCAGGUUUAGGUACAAGCCAAGCGAAGCAGUCAACAUGCUGGCGAACAUGAUCCAGAACAACGCCGACUCCAUCCACCCCAGGUACUACGGUUCCGUCUACAACGACCUCCUGUCGUUCUUUGGCAAAUACCUCGAACCCGCACAGCGAUAUGGAGUCGCCGGCACAGUAUUUGGGAAAUAUGAAACCAUGCUCCGUGACCCAUUGUACUACCAGAUUGUCAAGAGAGUGUUGAGAGUUUUUCAGGAGUACCAGAACUAUCUUAAACCGUACACGAGACGAGAGCUGGAAUUCCCUGGAGUCAAAAUCGAGUCUGUGGACGUCGACCGACUGGUGACGUUUUUCGAGAACUUCGAUAUCGAGGUGGACAACACGCUCAAAGUAUCCAGCGCCGAAGAAGCCGAGAAGGUGAAGAUCUUCGCCCGCCAGCCACGCCUCAACCACAAACCCUUCACGUACCGCAUCAAGGUGUCCAGCGAGAAGCCGACCAACGCCAUCUUCCGUACCUUCUAUGGACCACGCUACGACUCGUACGGCAACGAGAUGACGGUGGACGAGGCUAGGCAGUACUUCGUUGAAUUUGAUCGCUUCGUAUACGAAGUGCAAGCCGGGGAGAACGAGAUCGCGCGCAGCUCUCGCGACUUCCCGAGCGUGCGGCCCUCGCCGCUGUCGACGAGCGAGCUGGAGUCGGCCGUGAACGAGGCCCUGCAGGGCAAACAGCCCUUCAGCCCGGCCGCCGCGGCCCGCCGGGGAUUCCCCGAGCGGCUGGUGCUGCCGCGCGGUUCCCGCCAAGGCCUGCCGCUGCGCUUCUACGUCAUCGCCAGCUACCUGCCCUCGAACGCCACCGCCGCCUCUGCUGACGCGCAGUCGCUCGUCGCCGGCUACUGGACCGCAGAGCUCGCAGACGGCCGUCCGGUCGCUUUCCCCUUCGACCGCCGCAUCCCGCACUACUACGACUUGCCCAACACCCACAUCGGGGAUGUCGUCGUCUACCACAAGACCAUCGACGAGAUUAAUCGACCAGCUGUCUAGUCAUGUAUUCACCAGCCGCUGCCAAUUCCUAGUGCCAAAUAAAUAUUCGUUGUUUUA